AUGCUUUUGGACCACGGUGCUAAUCCCAACUUGAAGGACUUUGACAGAGCCACGCCGCUAUGGCACGCUGCCAAGGAAGGGCACACUACCACGAUGGCUCUUCUCACCAAGUGCGGCGUAAAUGUGAAUGUAGCCUCGACCGUAGAUCGGAUCGACCUGCAUACACCACUGUCUUUGGCGCUCACGAAUGGCCUGUCCGAGAUGGUAUCCCUGCUUCUGGCUCAGCCUACCAUUCAGCCGCGAGUCAGGAUCAAGCCGUCAAACACGGGCAAGUAUACGCCUUGCACUCCGCUAGGACUGGCUCACGGUCAUGAGGAGACUGUUCGGCUACUCUUAAACAAUGGAGCUGAUGUCAACACUCAGUGUGACAGCGGAAAGACGCCGUUGCACCUCGCCGUUGAGGCAUGCAACGGAGCGCACGUGAACCUCGUAACGCUCUUGCUCUCCCAGGUCGGCGUGUUGCCAGACCUCAUGGACAAGGACGGAGACACGCCCGCAUUAUUGGCCACAUCCCGAGGCCAGAUCGAGAUUCUGCGGUUCCUGCUCGCGAAGGGCGUAGGCACGGAAGCCAAGACCAAGGACGGUCUCAUACUGCUCGGUGUGGCCGCCGAGCAAGGCUACCUACCCAUCGUGGAGCUUCUUCUUGCCACGGAUGAUGUCGACGCACAGUCGAGAGACGCCGUAGGCCGCACUUCUCUAACACUGGCCGCCAAUCCGUUAAGGGAUCGCUUUGACCGGCAGUCCAAUUCCGAGGAUCUAGAAGGACGGAUGCCUCUCUCCCUUGCCGCUGAACGAGGGCAACUUCAGGUUUUGGAGAAGUUACUGUCGCUCAAGGGAGCCAUGCCAAACACGAGGGACAAUACGGGGUGCACGCCCCUAUCUUGGCCAGUUCAGUCAAACCGAAAAAACGUGUCGGUCGUCAUCAAACGGCUCCUUGGUGCCGAAGGGGUGGACCCAAACGCCGAGGACAAGGGGGGCUGGACGCCGCUAUCCUUGGCCGUUCAAGACAAUAAAGCGAGUGGUUUGGUUGAGUUGCUAUUGACAGAGGGGGCUGGAAGGAUUGACAUCAAUCACGAGGACCGAGAGGGCCGCACGCCACUUACACUUGCCCUGAAGAGGGGUUAUGAGGUGGUUGUGGGCCAACUACGAGCGGCUGGAGCCAGAGAAAAGAAAGACGAAGACGAGAAGCAGCAGGGUAUAGAAAUAUUCCGCGCAGAGGCUGAUGGGGCGGCAUGUGAGAAGGAGGCCAAGACGCAACAAGAAAGCGACGGGGAUCCGCAGUCCGCUUUGUCUGGAGAAGAUUCCUCGACAGAUUCGUGGGAGAAGAAUCGUUGGCAGAGGGAGAGGUUGUGCGGUGUUCCUAUUGUCCUAGGGAGGUCCGACAGGUGUGACGGUCCAACUCUCGAGGCUUUUGCCAAGGUCUCUGCUGGAAUGUACUAUGUGGCACUCGACGAGAGGGGUUUCCGAGCUGGUCUUGGAUAG